AUGGCAAAAUCCAGAUUUGAGUAUGUGCGGCAAUUUGAAACGCACUGCACUCUUCUACCAGAGACGUAUAUAGUGGUGAGAAUCGAUGGUAAGAAGUUUCAUGAAUUCUCCAAGCAUUAUGACUUCGAAAAACCUAACGAUGCUCGAGCUCUACGUUUAAUGAAUGCUUGUGCGAAAAAUGUAGUGCUGAAGUACAGAAACGACAUAAUUUGUGCCUUUGGCGAAAGCGAUGAGUACUCCUUUAUCCUUAGGAAAGAUACCGUUUUGUUCAAGAGGCGGCACGACAAGUUAAGCUCGCUUUUUGUCUCUCUUUUCAGCUCCAAUUACGUUGCAUUAUGGGACAAGUUUUUUCCCGACAGGCCGCUGGAUUACAAGCACCUCCCGUUUUUCGACUCUCGCUGCGUGUGCUACCCCAGUCUAAAUACUAUCAAGGACUAUCUAUGUUGGCGGUUUGUCGACACACAUAUCAACAACUUGUACAACACUGUAUUUUGGAACUUGAUAAUCAAGUGCGGCCUCACGCCACAAGAAUCCGAGCAAAAGUUGUGCGGGACUCUUAGCAGUGAGAAACAGGAAAUUUUGUUCGCUGACUGUGGCAUUAACUACAACAACGAGCCUGAAAUGUUCAAAAAGGGUUCCCUAAUAACCAACAAAGGCGAGAUCACUCACGUCGACGUUGUAAAAAUCAUUGAUUCUUUGUUUGAAAAGUUUUAG